UGGGCUCAUGUUAUGUAACUUCAGCUCCCGGAUGUUACAGAGAAGUGGCCGCCAUCUUGGAGUGGUCUCGUUUGUAUAUUAGCCAAAGAAGCUCAUUUGCGAGCUUCCAGUUAAAGCCAUAGAUUAUGUGGCGACCAACAAUUACUAGAGGAGCAGUGAUCAAGCAUGCUAGAAGUGCCCUUCCAGUCAUCAAUUCCGCACGUCAAUCAACAGCUGCUGCUCCUGAAAAAGUUGAAGUAUUUGUGAAUGACAAGAGUGUUCUGGUCGACCCUGGAUUCACAGUUCUCCAGGCAUGUGCAGCAGCUGGUGUUGAGAUUCCUCGGUACUGUUACCAUGACCGCCUCUCUAUUGCUGGCAACUGUAGGAUGUGCCUUGUGGAAGUUGAGCGUUCUAUCAAGCCUGUUGCUUCCUGUGCAAUGCCAGUAAUGAAGGGAAUGAAAAUCAAAACAGAUUCACCUAUGACACGCAAAGCAAGGGAGGGAGUUAUGGAAUUCCUGUUGAUGAACCACCCCCUUGACUGCCCCAUCUGUGACCAAGGAGGGGAGUGUGACCUUCAAGAUCAGUCUAUGGCUUUUGGCAGUGACAGGAGCCGCUUUGUUGAUAACCAGUUUUCUGGGAAAAGAGCUGUUGAGGAUAAAAAUGUAGGCCCUCUUGUCAAGACAAUCAUGACCAGAUGCAUCCACUGCACAAGGUGUAUCAGGUUUGCCAGUGAGAUAGCUGGGGUCGACGAUCUAGGAACCACUGGCCGAGGGAGUGAUAUGCAGGUCGGCACUUACAUAGAGAAGAUGUUCAAGUCAGAGAUGUCUGGAAAUGUUAUAGAUUUGUGCCCAGUGGGUGCUUUGACGUCCAAACCAUAUGCAUUUGUAGCAAGACCAUGGGAACUAAGAAAAACAGAUUCAGUUGAUGUCCUUGAUGCAGUUGGAAGCAAUAUAGUGGUCAACACAAGGAGUGGUGAGGUCAUGAGGAUUCUCCCGAGGAUGAAUGAGGAUAUAAAUGAGGAGUGGAUAUCUGACAAAACAAGGUUUGCGUAUGACGGCCUGAAAAGACAAAGACUUACCACUCCCAUGGUAAAAGAUGCUCGAGGAAAUCUCACUGCAUGUACUUGGGAAGAAGCCCUUAUCUCUGUUGCACAGAAAAUGACUUCUCUAAAUGGCAAUGAGAUGGUUGCCAUUGCUGGUGGUCUUGCUGAUGCAGAGGCCCUUGUUGCUAUGAAGGAUCUCUUCAACAGAUACAACUGUGAAGGGCUCUAUACAGAAGAAGGGUUUUCAAACCAAGGUGCUGGAACUGAUCUGAGAUCAAACUACAUAAUGAAUACCACAAUCUCAGGAAUUGAGGAUGCUGAUGUUCUUCUGUUAGUUGGUGCUAAUCCACGAUAUGAAGCACCCUUAAUAAAUGCUCGCAUCCGCAAAAGUUGGAUGCACAAUGACCUCCAAGUAGGACUUCUUGGCACGCAGGUGGAUUUAACCUAUGAUUAUGAGCACCUUGGUACAACUGCAGAGACACUUAAAGAUAUUCUCUCUGGAAAGAACCCAUUCGCUAAGACUCUCCUAAAGAGCAAGAAGCCGAUGAUUCUGGUCGCCAAUAAAGCGCUUGAUGGAGCCGAUGGGCAUGCAAUUCAGACUCUUGUCACGGAAAUGUCGGAGAAGCUGAAGAGCCGCAAGGAAACUGAUCCAGAAUGGAGAGUGCUGAACGUGAUGCAAGGGGUUGCAAGUCAAGUUGCCGCAUUAGAUCUUGGCUACAAGCCUGGUGUGCAAAACAUUGUAGAAGUUCCUAAACUGGUUUUUCUUCUUGGAGCUGACGGCCAGGUAUUGCGGCGUGAGGACUUACCGAAAGACUGCUUUAUUGUCUAUCAAGGUCAUCAUGGCGACCACGGUGCACAUAUGGCUGACGUCAUCCUGCCUGGUGCUGCAUACACGGAGAAGACAGCCACGUACGUGAACACGGAGGGCCGCGCCCAGCAGACGAGGCGCGCUGUGACCCCUCCAUCCUACGCAAGAGACGACUGGAAGAUCAUCCGAGCUUUGUCUGAAAUCGCAGGCCAGACAUUGCCGUAUGAAACACAGGAAGAGAUCCGGCGACGAAUGACCGAGAUUGCGCCUAACCUGACCCGCUAUGGUGACGUGGAGCAGGCCAACUUCUUCAGUCUCGCACUUGGGCUUAUACAGGGCUCCAAAGCACAACCCAGCAAGAAACCGUUAACACCGCGGAUAGCAGAACUAAAAGAUUUCUACAUGACGGAUGCGGUGAGCCGUGCGUCCCAGACGAUGGCCAAGUGUGUCAAAGCAGUACAGACAAUGAAAUGAGCCAACUACCCUCAAGCUUAUCAGAUACCCGUGCUAUCAAUCGCUAUCACUGUCAAUAUCUCGAACGCGUUAUUUGUAUCAGUGCUGUGGACUGGGGCACGCGAUUGCUUUCCUAACUGAAUUGUAUUUCACAACUCUUUUGUGCACGGCUCGUUUGACUUGUCUGUGAAGCUGAUCAAACAUCGUUUUAUCUGAGCCUGAGCGGUUCUCUUGCAGCCCCUAGCUGCAAGAUAUUUUUGUAAAGUAAUUAUUAAGGUGAGAGUUACAUUAAUAAAAUGAAAACUUUAUUGGA